AUGGCGCCGAAAUAUCUUCAGGUUGGCUCGAGAGAGGCAGUUCCGCAAACGUCAAUCGGCACUCCGGCACACAUGGCGACUACAACGCUCAAAGUUGGGGGAAUGACAUGUGGCGCAUGUACAUCUGCGAUCGAGUCUGGCUUCAAGGGUGUCGACGGGGUGGGCAACGUUUCUGUGAGCUUGGUGAUGGAGAGAGCGGUUAUUAUCCAUAAUCCGCAGCGGAUAACGGCCGAGCAACUGCGAGAAACGAUCGAGGAGCGUGGAUUUGAUGCGGAAGUUCUAGCCACAGAUUUACCGUCGCCUUUAUUCGAUAAUAAGGGAUACCUGUAUGAUGACGCAGUAGUUGACGAUGAGGGAGGAAUAGAUGCGCCGCGGACAACUACGACGACGCUGGCUGUGGAGGGCAUGACGUGUGGGGCAUGUACCUCUGCUAUCGAAGGGGGGUUUGCGAAUGUACCGGGCGUGAAGCAUUUCAGCAUAUCGCUGUUGUCGGAAAGGGCGGUGGUCGAACACGAUGAUUCUCUCUUGACUGCGGAGCAAAUCGCCGAAAUCAUAGAGGACCGAGGAUUCGGAGCAUCCGUGGUGGAGAGCACGAGAACUGCACCAUCCAAGAGUUUAAAGGCACGCCGUGAGAGCACGGGGAAAAGAGAGAAUGUUGCAACGACUACUGUUGCGAUUGAGGGAAUGACCUGCGGCGCAUGCACAUCUGCUAUUGAGGGCGGCUUCAAGGGUUCGGAUGGUGUGGUUCAGUUCAACAUCAGUUUAUUAGCAGAACGGGCAGUGAUCGUCCACGACCCUGCGAAGUUGACAUCCGAAAAGAUUGCAGAGAUCAUCGAGGAUAGAGGAUUUGAUGCUAAAGUACUGUCCACACACCUGGGCUCUGUCGGACAAUCAACUUCAGCAGCCGUUGCGCAGUUCAAAGUCUUUGGUGUAAAAGAUGUGGCAGCCGCCAGAGCUCUCGAGGCCAAACUGAGGUCGGUGCCCGGAGUCGAUUCGGCGACAAUCAGUCUUGCGACAUCGAGGCUAAAUGUCUCACAUCAUCCCAACAUGGCUGGACUCCGAGCCUUGGUUGAGCUAAUUGAAGCCCAAGGAUACAAUGCUCUUGUGGCCGAUAACGAUGACAAUAACGCUCAGCUCGAAUCUCUGUCAAAAACAAAAGAAAUCACUGAGUGGCGGCGGGCUUUCAAGACGUCGUUGGCUUUUGCCAUUCCCGUAUUCCUCAUCAGCAUGAUAAUACCCAUGUUUGUCCCGUCCCUCGACUUCGGUAGCUUAGUGGUUUUGUUCCCCGGUCUUUACCUCGGCGACAUUAUCUGUUUAAUUCUUACGAUACCUGUUCAAUUCGGCAUUGGAAAGCGUUUUUACAUUUCUGCAUACAAGUCCAUGAAACAUGGAUCGCCCACCAUGGACGUAUUGGUCGUCCUUGGUACUUCUGCGGCAUUCUUCUUCAGUAUUGCCGCCAUGCUGGUCUCCGUCUUCCUACCUCCUCACACUCGCCCCAGCACUAUUUUCGAUACCAGCGGUAUGCUGAUCACCUUCAUCACUCUCGGACGAUUCCUUGAGAAUCGAGCCAAGGGACAGACAUCAAAGGCAUUGUCACGACUUAUGUCUCUUGCCCCUUCCAUGGCAACUAUUUACGCUGAUCCCAUUGCGGCCGAAAAGGCUGCGGAGGGUUGGCAGGUCGCCAUUGGAUCCGGAAAGGAGCCCAAGACUGAACAAGAAGGAAGUGCAGCCGAGGAGAAGAUUAUUCCAACCGAGCUGAUCGAAGUUGGUGACAUUGUCAUUCUGAGACCUGGAGACAAGAUCCCAGCCGACGGCACUGUCACUCGCGGCGAAACCUUCGUGGACGAAAGUAUGGUAACCGGAGAGGCUAUGCCAGUUCAGAAGCGUAAGGGUGGCCUUCUCAUCGGAGGUACUGUCAAUGGAACAGGUCGUGUCGAUUUUCGUGUUACCAGAGCAGGCCGAGACACUCAACUCAGCCAGAUCGUCAAGCUUGUUCAAGAUGCUCAAACUACUAGAGCACCUAUUCAACGUCUCGCCGACACGAUUGCAGGAUACUUUGUACCCAUCAUUCUGCUGCUUGGAUUCUUCACUUUUGCAACUUGGAUGAUUCUCAGCCAUGUCCUCUCGAGCCCUCCCAAGAUCUUCGUUGAUGAGGCUAGUGGUGGAAAGUUUAUGGUCUGUAUCAAGCUCUGCAUUUCGGUCAUCGUCUUUGCCUGCCCCUGUGCGCUUGGUCUUGCCACACCAACCGCUGUCAUGGUAGGGACUGGUGUAGGUGCAGAGAACGGUAUUCUGGUCAAAGGCGGGGCUGCUUUGGAGACUACUACGAAGAUCACGCAAAUGGUACUUGACAAGACAGGAACGCUUACCCUUGGCAAGAUGACUGUUGCAAACUCCAGUCUCGUUCCCACGUGGCAAAAUAAUGCAUGGAGAAGAAAGCUCUGGUGGUCAAUCGUUGGACUUGCAGAGAUGGGUAGUGAACAUCCUAUCGGCAAAGCUAUCCUUGCAUCCGCAAAGAACGAACUGGGCAUGGACAUUGAGGGAACAAUUGACGGUAGUAUCGGCGAAUUUGAAGCCAUCGUAGGCAAUGGUAUCAGCGCCCUCGUCGAACCUUCAACCAGUGCCGAAAGAGCUCGCUACCGCGUCUUGAUCGGGAGCGUCCGCUUCCUGCGCGACAAUAAAGUCGACGUGCCUCAAGCAGCAAUCAACGCUUCCGAGGAAGCCAAUAUCAAGGCCGCCGGCUCAGCCAAGGCUGCAUCAGCUGGUACUACCAACAUCUUCAUCGCGGUCGAUGGUGCCUUUUCCGGACAUCUCUGUCUCUCGGACACGGUCAAAGAGAGCGCACGUGCAGCAAUUGCCGCCCUGCACCGUAUGGGUGUCAAGACCGCUAUUGUCACUGGGGACCAGCGCUCUACAGCUUUGGCUGUUGCCCGUAUCGUCGGCAUCCCGUCCGAAAACGUACAUGCCGGCGUCACGCCGGACCAGAAGCAAACCAUCAUCCACAAGCUUCAAGACGCAGGUGAAUGCGUCGCCAUGGUCGGCGACGGCAUCAACGACUCCCCCGCUCUUGCAUCUGCAGACGUUGGGAUCGCCAUGUCUUCAGGUACAGAUGUAGCUAUGGAAGCCGCAGACAUCGUCCUCAUGCGCCCCAAUGACUUGAUGGACAUCCCGGCCUCAAUCCAACUCGCCCGCUCGAUUUUCAGCCGUAUUAAGCUCAAUCUGAGCUGGGCGUGCGGAUACAAUGUUAUCGGCCUUCCAUUUGCAAUGGGUAUCUUUCUUCCUUUCGGGUACCACCUCCAUCCCAUGGCUGCAGGCGCUGCCAUGGCAUUCUCCAGUGUCAGUGUGGUUGCCAGCAGUCUUCUCCUGAAAUUCUGGAGGCGCCCUACAUGGAUGGAAGAUGUGCUUGCAGAGGAGAAGGGGCCAUUGAGACGGAAGGGCAAGGGAUGGGGAAUGAUGGGUGGCGUGUUGAGCAAGUUCACGGACCUGGCGAGGGCUGUUACUGGCAGGAAGAGAAAUCAAGAGGAUGGGUAUGUACCGCUCGGUAACCUGGAUGCCGUAUAG